AUGUCUUCUUCAAGGACAAACUUUACUGAUGAAUCAGCUCUGUUAGCCUUCAUAGAACAAAUAACCAAUGACCCCGAUGAAACUCUGUCAAAAAACUGGACACAAGGGACUGAAGUUUGCAGUUGGAUUGGUGUUUCUUGUAGCACACGGCAUCAUAGAGUUGUCUCACUAAACCUCAAGAGUCUAAGAUUAACAGGCUCCAUUCCGAAAGAAAUAGGGAACCUUUCCUUCCUUAGUUUCUUGGAUUUUGGCAAUAACACUUUUAAUGGUGUAAUUCCCAAUGAACUUGGACGUCUAACGAGACUCAAGUACUUGUCCUUGCAAAUGAAUAAUCUCACCGGUGAAAUCCCACAAAGCCUUGGAUUGCUCUCGAGGCUUCAAGUGCUGGAUCUUUCUGAUAAUGACCUAUAUGGAUAUGUUCCAUCGUCUAUCUUCAAUAUCUCUUCUUUAAAGAUCAUUGAUUUAAAUUUGAAUGAUCUUAGUGGGAAUUUGCCAAAUGACAUGUGCAGUAAUCUCCCAAUGCUGCAAUAUUUAUUCAUCAGUAAAAAUGGCUUAGCGGGUGAACUUCCGAGUCAUUUAGAUAAAUGCACCCAACUUUUAGCUCUGUCCUUGUCUUAUAACAGAUUCACAGGAAAUUUACCCCGAGACAUGUGGAACAUGUCAAAGCUUCAAGAUAUGUAUCUUGGAUGGAAUAAAUUGACAGGAAACAUACCAAGUGAAAUUCAGAAUCUUCCAGCAAUUCAACAUCUAAGUCUUCGAAAUAAUGAAUUGGUCGGAAAUCUUUCACCUACAAUGGGGAAUUUGUCGACAUUGGUGAUGAUAGAUAUUGGUGCUAAUAAUCUUCAUGGAAACAUUCCUACAGAAUUUGCAAAACUUGUUAAUCUGAAGGAAAUAUAUCUUGGUUCAAACAAUAUAUCAGGUCAAAUUCCUAACUCUCUCUAUAACAUUUCUGGGUUAGAACAGAUCGCUCUUGCAGUGAAUGAUCUUUCUGGAACUCUACCUUCUAACUUUGCCCAUAACUUUCCAAAUCUUACUGGCCUUUAUCUUGGGUUGAACCAAUUUAGUGGGAAAAUUCCUAGCUCCAUUUGUAAUGUCUCCAAGCUCAAUUUCCUUGAUUUGGGCCACAAUUUUUUUAGUGGGGAUGUGCCGAUGAAUCUUGGAAAUCUACAGCAGCUUCAAGUGAUCAACUUGCAGUGGAAUCAACUGACAAAUGAUCCCUCCACAAGGGAAUUAGGUUUCCUUACUUUGCUAUCGAGCUGCAAGCACUUGAAGCGUAUACAACUAGGACAUAAUUUAUUAAGAGGGACUUUUCCGAAGUCCUUAGCCUUCAGUAAUUGGUCUAAUUCUCUUGAAACAUUCAUCGCCUCUGGAAACGAUAUCACAGGUGAAAUCCCUGUUGAAAUCAGUAAGUUGAGUAACUUGGUGUGGUUAGGCAUUGAAAAGAAUGGUUUGAGUGGUUCAAUUCCUCAUGAAUUGGGAAACAUGGGCAGAUUGCAGAAGUUGACACUUCGGGAAAAUAAAAUAAGUGGUACCAUACCAGAAAGCUUAUGCAAUAUGGAGGAAUAG